AUGAAAAGAGUACUUAUCGACAAUGGAAGCUCUACGAAUAUUCUCUACUUGGAUGCUUAUAAAGAGUUGGGUUUGGACGAAGCUGGAUUGACGAGAAAAUCUACACCAUUGGUAGGGUUCAGUGGUGAAGUAAAACAAUGUAUGGGAGAAAUUAUGUUACCUGUGUACGCAGAGGGAAUCAACAAACAAACUAAGUUCUUGAUAGUUGGUUGCGCUUCGGGCUACAACGCCAUCAUGGGACGUUCAUGGAUUCCUGACAUGGGUGGAGUACCUUCGACCCUCCACCAAACUACCAAAUUCCCGACUCCGUGGGGAGUUAAGGAAAUCAGAGGAGAACAAGAGAACUCAUGUUCCUGCUAUCAAACUCGACGAGGAAACGCUAUCAGAACACAGUCCUGA